AUGGAGCACAUUGCAUCCACCGGGCCUGAGAGGACAGAAGCCGAAGAGCUUGAGUCACGGGCAAUUCUUGUUGUUUCGGCAGCUUCUAUGCUGGGAUCAGGAUGGGUUAUUCUGAGCUUUCUGAUUGUGCCAACUUUGCGUACAUUCCGCCAUCAACUGAUACUCGGUCUCGGGAUUAGUGAGUUUGUCGCAGCAUUGAAUGUUGUCAUCUCGGCCAGCCUGAAUGUCUCGGGCUCCCACAUAGGGAGCAUAUCCCUUGAGCCAUUCUGCAGCUUUAAUGGGUUCAUGGCUCAAGCUUUUAUUGUCCAAACCGACUACUGGAUUCUCUCCAUUGCGGUUUGCACGUACCUGAUCCUGAUGGACUAUACUCGAGCUGCCUCAUGGGUGCAGAACCAUCGAAUCGCCUUCUGGUGCGUUCCAUGGAGUCUCUCACUCCUUUGGGCAGGGCUCGGUCUCACCAUCGUUGGGUACGAGAAUACCGGUGGCUGGUGCUGGUUCACCAGUGACCGUGUCCGACUCCUCACGAACUUUAUCCCACGAUGGAUGAUCAUCUUUAUUAUCCUAUGUAUUUACACUCGUCUGUGUCUCUUUCUCUAUCAGUCCCACAAAUCGAUCUCGAGCGAUCAUGAAGUUACUCUGGAGACUCUCCCCGCAGAUCUACACCAGUGGCAGCGUCUGGAGAUUGGGAAUAGGCCAACCCGGCCCCAUCGCUCGUCGCGCUCACUGAAAAAGGUGUCUUUUCGAAUGAUGAUAUACCCCACAGUAUAUGCAAUGAUCUGGAUCAUUCCAACUGCCGUUCGGAUCUACCAAGGAACGACAGGAAGGCGGGCUCCCCUGGCGCUGGAUAUUCUAGAAAAGAUUUGCAUCAUGUCCCAAGGAUUGGUCGACGCGCUUAUUUACGGUGAGGGUAACCGGAACCAUGCUGGCCAUCACUAA